AUGCCUCAAGAAGAAUGGAGAUUCAUUCAAUUCAUUGUUAUUAACCAUGCAACGGGUCUAUACAUAGAGUUUUUAAUGGACUGGUCUGUACCUGACAACAUCGGUAUUGCGUUUGGCGAUGUAAGAUUCAGUUUUUGGCAUCGGAAAUUCACUAUCACCAAAAAUCAUACGAGCAAGGAGGAGAUGAUAGUUGUCAGAAAAGGUUAUCCUGAGAUCAUCAAGGCAUCGGAAAGUCCCGAUGAUUCAUUGGAGAAGCUGCGGGGAAGAAAUCAUGAAAUAAAAAACUAUGACUUGACUGGAUUCUGUACUUUAGUGAAGAAACAGAGUAACAAGGAUGACAAACACCGAUUUGAAGAGGAUGAUCAGAGGAUGGAAGAUCUGAUGCAGAGGGAUAUGUAUACUCUGAGGAGAAAGUCUGAGAGCGAGAGAUUGAGGGAGGAAAGGAGGACCAAGAAGAGGAAUGACCCCAUUAGUAGUGAGAGUGAGCAAGGGGAGUUUGAGAUUGGAGUGAACCUUGUUCAAGAGGAGGGAAAUGGUUCUCCAAGUGAAGAAGAAGUGAUGAGACUGAGAGUGAAGAGGAAGGAGAAGAGGUGA